UAGAGAUUUUUAGUGAUCGCAGAUUUUACCUACAUCUCCGGAUCCUCUCACGUACGCGAAUAGCAGACGGUGGAUAAUUUUUGCGUUACGAUCGUCACGUAAUAACCACAGCUGCAAAGAUGAUGGGCCUUUCGAUAAAAGAUCUUAAAAAGCACCCUUCGCUGGUGCCUUUAUUUGCGUGUUUCGGUGUCGGAGCGUUGGGAGCGGCUUUAUAUGUUUUACGACUAGCUACCCGCAAUCCUGACGUUUCGUGGAAUCCAAAGAAAAACAGUGAACCUUGGCAGGAAUAUUCUAACAAACAGUACAAGUUCUACUCGACUGAGGAUUACUCCAAGUUCUACAAAGAACCACCUAAAUUCUAAAGCACUGGAUGUUUUAGGGGCGAGCUGAAUGUAGUAAUAAAUGGAUGUUUUGUUUCAAUAGAUUACGCUUAACUGUGUAAUUUAACCAUACAUAAGAUAUAAUACUGAAAUAAGUGAAAUAUAAUAUAGUAAAAUUCUAA